UGACGGUAGUGGAAAACAGAUUUUGGAGGAGGAAGUCUCUGCGCCUCUGUCUUCAACAGGAAUGAACUCCCUCUCAUGCCUUGUGCAUCUCACACUCUGACAAGUGGACCGUGUGUUAGGCUACUCACUUGAAGCUGGGGACAUUUCCUGCUCAUCUUCUCUAGGCUGCUCAAUUGUUACUUCACUUUUUUUUUUUAUCCUCACCUCUUUAAAUUAAUUUUUUAAAGAUGACCUGGACGGCGAACAGUUGUUUUGUCACUCUGGCCAUCCUGUUUCUGUGGCGGGUGGAAGAAAUAGCAGAAGCCUGCAGCUGCUCCCCAUCGCAUCCUCAGCAGGCGUUUUGCAGCUCAGACGUCGUUAUCAGGGCAAAGGUGGUUGGACAGCAGGAGGUUGACGUUGGCAACGACAUCUAUGGAAACCCCAUCAAGCGGAUCAAGUAUGACAUCAAACAAAUCAAGAUGUUCAAAGGUCCCACCCAGGAUUUCGACGUCAUCUACACUGCUCCCACCUCUGCUGUGUGCGGAGUGACCCUGGAGACUAAUGGCAAGGAGUAUCUCAUCACAGGCAAAGUGGAGACUGAUGGGACGAUGCACAUCACACUGUGUCACUUCAUCGAGCCCUGGGACACCUUGAGUGAAACCCAGCAGAAGAGCCUGACUCAGCGCUAUGAAAUGGGCUGUGAAUGCAAGAUCACCCGCUGCACCUCCAUCCCCUGCAUGAUCAGCAGCCCGGCGGAGUGCCUGUGGUUGGACUGGAUCCUUGAGAAGACAGUCAAUGGAAAACAGGCCAAACACUAUGCUUGUAUCAAGAGGAGUGAUGACUCUUGUGCCUGGUACAGAGGAGCAGCACAGCCCAAAAAGGAUUUCCUGGACAUCGAAGACCCUUAACUCCACCACUGUCCAACAGUCUGAGGAUGUCUAAGAUAUACUAAGAUACAAAUACCAAAAACACAAAUAAAUACACAAGUCAAAUUCUUAUUUUUGUUUUUCUUGUUAAGAAAGCCAUAGGGUGUGUGCUCUGUGGUGAGGUUGUUGUUUUUUUCAUUUGCAGGACUCAUUAUGUUUUUAAUCAACAGUCUUGUGAAUUCAGCACUUUCAGACACUUCUACCCCUUAAAUCCAAAGCACUUCGUCAUAAACCACUUCUCCCUCAGCUGAAAUAAAGGGAUAAUCAUCACAAUUCAGUAUUACUGUUCAUAGCAUUUUUGUUCUUGAACUAUUCAUUUACCUUUUAACCAAAGGUGUUUUUUAAAGUGAACUAUAAUUCCUAUAAUGCAACACAUACAUAGCUGUAACUCAAAUUUUAACAAUUCUGUGAAUCUGUGUGUUCGUAAAUAACAUUAGCUGGCAACCGGUGCCUUGAUUUGUGACAGCAGAGCUAUCACGAGGAGCGAGCGCCGCCUCCUGCCUGUCCUGCUUCAGAUUCUUUCUUGUGCCAAGUAUUCAAAACUCUUCCCCUCUGUUUUUUUUAAGGUGUGGUUAACCUGUUUCGAGUAAGCACAAUCAGUGCUUUUGCAAAUUGCUUUUCUUUAAAUAAUCCUGAAUAGACAAGAAUGCACUUUGAAUACAAUUGUCACAGCAGUCAUAUUGUCUCUAAUGAAAAAUGUCUGAAAGAGGAUUGAAUCCUCCAUUUUGUAUUUUGUAUUUUUUUUUUAUAUUACAGCUCUUUGUAAUGCUUUAGUGCAAGGGCAUAUUUUAUUUAAGGAAGUUAUGUGAUUCAUCAUAUUCUAUUGAAAACAAAGCCCACCUUUUGAUACUUUUUUUGUGACAAGUGACACCAUUAUAGAAAGAUAAGUCCAAAUAUUUUAACACACAUUUUUGUGCAUUAAAGGUCAAAUUGUAGGCCUGAAUGUUAGCUGUCUGACUGGCUCCUCCUUUAGGACAACGGGUUAAAGAACAUAUUGUAACCAAUCAUCCAUUUAUCGACAGAGCCUUGACCAUUAAAGUGUUGCGCAAAUGUCUUGUGACUUUGAUAAUUAAUAUGAGAGUGUAAAAAGAUUCUUAAUUUGAAAACUGUAGUCAAGUAUGAUGUCUUGUGCUGGUUUCACAUGAGACGUUUUUGAGAUGAUUUUUGCAUGCAUGUCCAGCUGAAACAAUACUGUACAUUUUGACUAUUAUAUUAAAUGCCAAACCCUG